AGCAGAGUGAGUUUCGGCAGAAGUUUCUUAAUUUAUCCCUGCUUAACAUCAUCUUGCAAUGUUGCGCCAUCGCUGCUGGAGAUGUGGUCACACCCUGAUGCGCUAUGCAGGGAGGUCCAUGUUCUCAACUCUGUCUUCUUCGCAGCUUGCAGCAGUGCAAGCUUUCCGACAUCGAGCUUUGCCAGAUGUUACAGCAGCUCUGGAGGGGCCAGGCACAGGCUCUGUGCGGCUAGGCGAGACGCUUCGAAGCAUCGCGUGCGAGGAGGUCGCUGACUUGAGCGAAGAUGUCUCCAAAGAGGCAGCUGCUCAGUGUGAACAAGAGGCCUCAGAAGUGCUGCAGGCCUUGGCCGACCUUGAGGAGCACCGGAAGGAACGCCGUCGGCUUCAAGCAAAUAGGGCCGACAUCUUGGCCAUGGGUUUCCAAAACAUCAACGAGGAAAACCAGGAGUUCGCCUCGCUCAUCGUUUGCGCUACGGCAGGCAUCUUUGCUGUGUCGAUCCACUAUGCCUUCUUCGUGCUUUGGUUCGCUGGCUACCUGAUCUACAGGCGGUCCACACGCUCCGUGCGGCGUCAGCACACGGCAUUGGAGAACCUGGAAGACAUCACGGAUCGCUUGAAAGAGGCGUGUGGACCGGUGCAGCGUGCCCAAGUGAUGUCACCUCUACCAAACCAAGAAGUUGCUGCACUAGAUUUCGAAAGUGACAGAUGCAAACGAUGACCAAACGGGUGAACCAAAAGAUUUUGAAUGGCAUCCCUGGCCAAAUCAAACGCAUCUAAUCAUCCAACAUCAUCCAACCAUGUUGGGAUGGAGACUGCACUAGUUGGAAGGGUGCCGUUGGGAAGAAUUCAGCACCACCAGAGACGAACAAAACAUCAUGGAACUACAUUGGUAACUACAUCUCAGUAUUUUGUGUGAUUUUUUGCCCAUCAACUGCCAAAGCCUUUAAUGUGCACUGUGCCACCAUUCUCGCCUCAGCUCGAUGCCUUGGAGUCAAAGCGCCUUGAAGAUCUCCAGGCGCGGUUGCAGGCUUGGAAGCCAAGCGCUGAGUGAGCAGAUGUCGAGCCAUGAAAA